AUGUUUGGUCAUGAUCAUGAUAAUUACGAAAACAUUUUAAUAAAAUGGUGCAAAUUCUUGAAAAAGAGAGCAUUUUUUGGAAAGAAGAGAUCCGGUAAAAACGCGAUUGCCAAAGAGAAUGCCGGAAGACCACAGAACCCUUUAGAUUGGACGCCAUACCUUGAGAGAAACGUGAGUGCUGAUGAUACAUCAUAA